UUUGUACGUUUGAUCACAUCAUGUCCAUGUAGAAACGCAUGCUGCUGCAGUGCGGCGUCGAUUUCAUCAAGAAGACGGGCUGGUGGGAGUGUCGAGGUUCAAUAUUCCCGGAUAAUCCAAACUGGACAAGGCGACUCAUUGGCCUGUUUAUGCGCAGGACAUUUCGAUUUCGCACCUCGACCGAUGCAGACUUUCUCGCUGGAGCUGGAACCUCCCACGCGUGUCUCGAAUGACAAUUUCCAGCUAAAGAUCAGCCCAUCAUCAUGUCUGAGACGGAUGCCCUCGUGAAGGACCAGGAUCUAAAACAGGAUCCCAAGAAGAGAGUGGUGGUGGUAGCCAUUGAUGCGUCUGCCCAUGCGGAGAAUGCUUUCAAAUAUUACCUCAGCACCAUCCAUAAGGAAGGUUGCGAGAUAGUGUUGGCCCACAGCACCGAGCAGCCUCGCACUGGGAGGAUGGCGGGUGUGUCUGGUUUUGGAGUUGACGCAACAAAGCAUAACUUUGAUGAUAUGUUGGAAAAGAAACAAGAAGAGGUCAACAACCUUGCGAAGAAAUUCAUUGAACUUCUAGAGGGAAAACAUAUUGCGCACAGAGUGCGCUCCAUGGACUACGACGGCAACCCUGGUGAGGCAGUGGUCCACAUCGCGGAGGAAGAGAAGGCUAGCAUGGUCGUGAUGGGUACGCGGGGCCUCGGGACCAUCAGGAGGACCAUCCUGGGUAGUGUGAGCGACUACGUUGUCCACCAUUCAAGGUGUCCGGUUCUAGUUUGCCAUCUUGAAAAACACGGAAAGAAAUAGUCCAGUUGAUGAUAAAUGCCACCCCCGAGACAACAUUAAGAAAAGAUUUUUCGAUGGUAAAACAAUACUGGCAGGAUGGCUGGAUGUGCAUUUAUACCCACGAUUCAAGACAACACCAGAUUAUUCUUCCUGGUCGUGGACAGUAAUCCGCCCUUAUCAAGGGUAACAAACUAACAUUUCGGAAGUGGACAUUUCAAUACGUUCAUCUUCUCUCUUUGUUGUAAGACGGUCAACUUUUCAUAAGGAGACCGCGCCUAGUAUCUUUUCAUGUGGAUAGAAUUAUCGAUUGAUUAAAG